UAUUCAAGAGCUAUGGCGCCGAUGGUAGGUGAGAUGGGCAUGAUCUGUAGGAGAUUCAAGCCACACAUUCUGAUGGUUCUGAUUCAUGUAGGUUAUAUGAUUAUGUACCUCAUUACAGAUGCUGCCUUCAGCCAUGGGAUGAAUCCUCAUAUCUUUGUAACUUAUCGACAUGUUCUAGGUGGUUUAGUGAUGUUUCCUUUUGCCUAUUUUCUUGAAAGAAAAGUAAGGCCAAAGAUGACAUUAGCAUUGUUUUUUGAGAUGUUUCUGCUUUCUCUGGUAGGGGUUAGCUUAACCCUUAACAUGUACUUUGCAAGUUUGGAAUACACUUCUCCAACCUUUGGCACAUCCAUGAUCAAUGUUGUUGCAUCUUUAACUUUUGUAAUUCCAGUUGCACUCAGGUUGGAGGCCCUUGAUGCUAGGAAUGCUCGUGGAAUAGCCAAAGUCGUGGGAACCUUAAUAUCGUUGGCUGGGGUCAUGACCAUGACUCUGUAUAAAGGGCCUGAAGUUCGAAGUUGGAAGGGUGCUCCCAUCCACUUAAAUAGAAGCAAUUCUGUUCAUGAGAACUGGAUUAAAGGACCAAUUCUAGCUGGUGCAAGUUGCAUAUCAUGGUCUUUAUGGUACAUUAGGCAGGCAUUUACUCUGAAGAAGUAUCCUGCGCAACUGUCAUUAACUGCAUGGAUAAACUUAAUCGGUGGAGCACAAUCAGCUGCCUUCACAGUACUCAUACAACACAAACCGGCUGCAUGGUCCAUUGCAUUCAACAACAUUGACUUCUGGUCCAUCGUAUAUGCAGUAAUUAAAGAAUGUGAAAGAAUUUCAAAUUAUUAUUUUGUUUCAAAUGAUGUUUUAAACGUUUUAUAUGUCAAAUGGCAGGGAGUUGUAUGCUCAGGUAUAACAAUCUUCAUUCAACUAUGGUGCACUGAACAAAGAGGACCAGUUUUUGUGACCAUGUUUAAUCCCCUUGGAGCAGUGUUGACAGCGCUGCAAUCAUACUUUCUUCUUGGUGAAAGACUGCACAUGGGAAGGUAUAAUCAUCACAGUGUUAUAUCCACUUUCAGGAGCCCCACACACACACACAAGGGUUUAGAUGGCUCUAAGUUGAUAUAUGGCCCAUUCAGAAUACUGGGAGCAGUCGUUGUUAUCAUUGGUCUAUACUUGGUGUUAUGGGGCAAAGAAGGUGAUCAAAAUCACAUCAAGUUCCAAGAGAAAUCUGAUCUGACAAAUGAUGAGCUGCAGGGAUGCCAGUUACAACAAGGAACUUCAAAAAGGGAUGUCCCUUGAAGAGUUUUCACUUUUACAUCUUUACCUGCUUUGCUUGAUAGUUGUACUUUUCAUUCAUUUUAGUUCUGUUGUUUUCAUGUUGAACUCAGCACACUUCCUGUGUGCUUUGGCUCUUUUUUUUUUCUUUUUUCUUUUU